AGUAUGAGUUUUCCAGUAAGCCAUAAAACUAUUUUUGUAUUGGACCAUAGUGCCAACUUUUUUGGGCCAUGUCACCAAAAUAUGGAGUUCGAUAUUUUUACUAAAACAAGACAGCCAGGUAUAAUACCUCUUGCGCCUUUAUCUAAAUCAUUAUGGACAUGCUCGGUGGAGGCUGCUUUGGAGUACUGUAGAAUUGUGUGGGAUAUUUUUCCAUCAGAAAAACUUAUACGAUUCAUUGUUAGUGAUAAUUGUGCCUACCAGUUGAAUACCUGGGCUCAAAGUAAUCAAAAUGUACACCAGUUAAUGGCAGGUUUAGCUCAUGUUGGACCACCUGUUAACAGUGGUAGCAAAGAAACUACUGUCUUCCAUGGAUUAAAUUCUGCUAUUGAAGCAUUGUGUGAAUGUAGCGAGAUACAGCAUGAAAGGAGAACAUCUCUUACUGAAAGUGCUGGAAAAGUCAUGAAUAAAGGCAGAGUGAUUUGCUUUACCAAUGUCAAUAGUGACUUAGAAGUUAAUGCAUUGCUUGAUUACUUUGAAAAUGCCUUAGUGCAGCAUAAUAGAUUGGCUUCCAGUUCAGAUAGUCUAAUGCCAAUCCAGUAUUGUGAACUUGUAAUGAUGCAUGUUUAUCCUGUUAAUAAAGAAAGCUGCAUUGCAUUUCAGCCCAAAAGAAUGGUGUCUCCAAUUUUGAGCACUGAAAUUCACAAUGUCAAAUCAGGUCGUCACUUAGCAGCAAAGCUUGGUGUUCUUGUUCAACAACAUUAUAAUUUAGCUUCAACAACUGUUACUGGAAUACCUAUGAAAGAAGAGCAAAAUGCUAGUUCUUCUGCUAAUUAUGAUGUGGAAUUAUUACAUCCAGCUGCAGCACAUGCCGAAAUUUUUAAAACUGGUGUUGUAAAUGCAGAAGGUGUCCACAUUACUGCUGUUAAAGAAGGGCAGAUUUAUGAGACUGUAACUUUAAAAUGGUGUACUCCUCGAUCUAGCUCUGUUGAACUGCAAAACUGUACAUCUUCUUUCCGCAUCACUCCAGUUGAUGUGAAUAACAGGCCUUCAUCGUGCCUAACAAAUUUUCUGCUUAAUGGAAGAGCUGUGAUGCUAGAAAUGCCAAGAAAAUCUGGUUCUAAAGUUCUGUCUCACAUGCUUGCUAGCCAUGGGGGAGAAAUUCAUAUUCAUACACUUGGAACUGGAAGGUCCAUACUGGAAGAUCCACCUUCAAUUAGUGAAGGAUGUGGUGGCAGAGUAACUGACUAUCGUAUUAAUGACUUUGGAGAGUUUAUGAAGCAAAACAGAUUAGUACCUCAUCUAGGACGUGUAAAUCCACAUGAGACACCUAUUGAAAAAGCAAAAAAGAAGCUAUCCCGUCUUACUCAGUACUGGCCGAUGGUUAUCAGUCAUACCACUAUUUUCAAUAUGACAUCACAACUCUCACCUUUACUGGAGUUGAUUACAAAAGAAGUUCUUGAUGCAAAAGAUGUAACAGAGUGUAAAAAGGUAAUUUAUUAUCUUGUCAGUUAUGAAAGCAAAGGAACUUCACUUCCUGUACCCACUGUUGGAACUCGAGGAAAAGGUCCCAAAAAGGAAGAACAAUACCGCCUAAUGUGGAAUGAACUGGAGGCCUAUGUGCGUCAUCAUUGUUUAACUGCUGAACACCGAAGUGUCCUUGAAUGUCUUCUAGAAUGUAGAAAACCAGAUGAAGGAGAAGGCUUAAAGGCACGACAAAAUGUUGGGCAGACUUUUGGAAGGAAAAUUAAGGAAGAAAGUACUGAUAUGGAUGAUGUUAAAGGAAUUGAAAGCCAAUUGAAUAAAAUGUCACCAUCAAAAAAGAUGAAAAUAAAUGCAGAUGUGAAGAAACGUCCUGGAACUCAAUCAUUACUUACUUUAUGGACUUCAAAACUAAAAUCAGAUCAUGACCGACGAUAUGUUGAAUUUUCUGGGCGUAAAACUGAAGGAAAUAUUGCAAAACUGUAUCCCAACUUAAAAAUUGAAGGAGUGAAAUGAAUUGCCAUUGCCGCAGUACUGGUGUAGUGAUGAGCUUAUAGUGUUUAUAUAUACAAAAAUAUUGAACACUAUAUUGUGAUUACCUAUACAAAAUCUAUAUCCAUACAAAAAGUUUUUUUUUUU